AUGUCUGAGUCUCUUCGUCCGUCGCCUACGGUCCUGAUCGACAACCUCCCCGCUAAAACUCUCGUAGGAGUUGACCUUUUGGCCUUCACAUCAGCUCCAAAUUUCCAUGGCAUAAAAGAGCUCUCGCCUGGAGCACACAUUUUGUACACAGGCACAACCGACAGCUUCUCAUUACGAACUGGUGAAUGGUUUGUUGUUUCGGGUCCGAAUGAGGAUGAACAAAGCAGCUCAGGCAUCGAUGUCCGACUGAGGCAUUGGGACAAGUCUACGGAGCUACUAGCUUUGGUAGACGAAAGUAAAGAUGAAGGGAGACAGCGAGCAAUGCAGCAGCGAGCUAACCUGAGUCGAAUAUGGGCUGCUGGAGGGUUACUGUCAUAUAAAUCCCGAACGAACAAGAAGAACAUCCAAGAAGGAACCACUGAUACCACAGUUGCAUAUGACGAAUGGAACAGUCUUUCAUCUUACAUUACCCCCUCGGUUCUAGAGAGGAUGCUGGGCCCAGCAGAGCUGGAUUCCGAAGGCAGACCUAGGUGGGUGAUUUCUUCUGGAAGCUCAGCUGCGAGAGAUAGCGACAAGAUACCCGGCCUUACUAGCCAGGAAGAUGCGAAAAUGUGCGGUAGAUUGGUAGAAGAGGAAAAGGAGCUACGAUUCUUACCAGUCGAUUUGAAAAAUACCUGGCCACCCGGUGCUGUGGGACGUGAACGAACAGAAGCAGCUCGGGAUCGGUCCUGGGCCCUGGGAAAUAUAUGCGAAUGGGCUACGAAUAAUAGCAGGGCCACAGGGAGAAUCAUCACCGAGGACAACCUGAGUGAGGGAGAAUUGCAGAUACUGGGUGAAAUGCAGGUUACGUUCCUCACAGCCCUAACAUUAAUCAAUUUCUCCUGCCAGGAGCAAUGGAUGAGAUUGUUACAGUUGGUAUUCACCUGUCAAAAGGCCAUUGAGGAAAGACAGUGCUUCUUUAUAGAAGUUCUGCGUCUCCUAAAGCUGCAACUGGCGCAUAACGACGAUGUGGAGGGAGGAUUGUUGGAGAUGGAUGGAGACGAUGGCAAUACCAUGGUGAAAAAGGUCUUGAUGAAGUUUCGGAGAAUAAUAUACGAGGACUUAACUGCUGAUGUGUUGGCAGUUAAGGCGGAAUUUAUCAUAUUGGAGAAAUGGGUAAAUGAAGAAUACGGGUGGGAGCUGGCAAAAGAGUCAACUGUGCGAAGGGGUAUGGUGGAGUUGGAAGAUGGAGAACAAGUUGAACUUGAGGUCAAGGGUGCUGAAGAAGAGGAUGAAACAGGUGAUUAUGCACCGGUAAUUGUUAAUUUGGAAGAAUCUGGAGAAGUUGAAGCAGAGGAUGUCGAGGACAUCGAGGAUAUUGACAUGUUGGACCAACGCAUGUAG